GCAUCCUAAAAUUCCCCAACACUCAAUCCUAUCCAGAUCAUCCAAACAGACCUGUCCGAUGCUGAUGACUAACGUUAGAGUAAUCAAUAUAACGAAUGUGAAAAAAUAAUUCGAAAGCCGUUAUCUACAGAUAAGGUGGAGUGUGCAAGUCCGUGGACAGUCAAGCUUCCUGCGACGGAUGAAACGGUCGUGAAUAAAAAAAAUAAAAUAAUAAAUAUGAGCAUCGUUAAAGUGUCGGUGGAGAGCAUGGACGGCAGGCAGAACAUCUUGUACGAUUACGACAAGAAUGCCUCCCUGGAGGAGAAUGUUGUGCGUCUAUUGGCUAAGUUCGAGAUGCCUACGAAAACCAAUGCUUAUGGUUUGAAGCUAGUGCAAACAAAUAAUGGAAAACUGGUAAACCUCUACAUAACUGAAGAGAAUUUCGAUGACAUAAAAGACGGAUAUUUCUUGAAAAUAGUGUAUGCGAUAUGGCAUCAAGUCAACACUAUAUUUCUACUGCUAGAAAAAAAUGAUCGCAAGACAUGUUUCGAAAACAUAAGCCAGCUAUAUAUGGACAGCGCUUUCAUAAAAACAUUGGUCAAACAAGAAAAGCAUUUGGUGAUUCUAAACUUCUUUGUUCGUCAACCAGACUUGAGCAAUGAUGAAGCAGUAGCUUGUCUCCUUACCGUGAUCCAUCUCUUCAAAAUGGGCUUUAUCGAGGAAAUCGAUGAACCUUUUCUUGCAAAACUGAUAGCAAUCCUGAAAUUAGAUGCUGAAAUCUACACAGAUCAAAUUAAAUACUCUAUAUCGUUGUUACAGAAAAUUAUGACUUCUAGGAAUCCCAACAUGGUGAAAUGGAAGGAAAUGAUUAUCAAACAAAAACCAUUGCAAGAACUCACUCCAUACAUAAGAAUACACAAUCAAGACCUUCAAUACCUGACGAUAUCCUUGAUAAACAUAUUCGUGAGGUAUUCAACUGACAUCAGACGACUUCAUUUCAUUAAAGAAAUGAAUUACAAGCAAACUAAAGCAGAUAUUUACGAACACAUCAUAGGAAAAUGGCCAAAUUUAGAUGUCAAUAUGGAGUACGAACUAUAUGUUUACCAGACGUUCUUGCUGAGCUUAUACUCAGACGCUCUGAAGAGCAAGACUAAACUGGAUCAAAAGAAGAGAGUUGAAUUCGAACUAGAUCAUCAUCAUCAAGGUAUAGCUGACAGGUUGACGAGCAUAAUCGAAUUCGAAGAAUGUUUAUCCAAGAUGAAGUCUACGGAAAACUUGUUAGAGUUAAUUGAAGAAGAAGAUGAAAAUUCGGACAGAAACUCCUUGGAAAACAUGGAAGACAUCCUAAGGCGUUCAAGGACAAACUUGAACGAUGAUCCAACUCAGGAAAUAUCAUAUUUGACAUUUGGAGCUCUAGCCUACUAUAAAAAGUUUCACCACAAAAAUUUCUACCAGACACAGAUCGACGAAACGUUCUUUGGGCCAGGGAUUUUCUCCACCAGCGAAAGCGUGGUAAACCUCCUAGCCAACGUCCUUCAAAUAGGAAAAGAGCCAGAAACGAACAAGACCAAGUGCACCUUCCAACCCACAAUAUUCAACGCAACAACGAAGACGCCAUUUUUCUACGAACUGUUCUCCAGGACCAUCUGGAUAUUGUCCAAGACGAAAAAUGAGAUGCAAGGUUGUUCUGUACCUGAAUACCCGAAGUUGAUGAGAGUUGUCGAGAAACAAGUCAAGAUGGUUUUGGAGAAGAGGCCCGGUAGCUUCAAGAAGCUCACCAACAUCAUGCUCAAGACCAACUACGAGGCGGUGAAACAGAGAUGGCAGGAAGAAACCAGUGAAGAGUUUGAAAAUGUGAUGAAGAAUAACCCUUGUGUCCAAGUAUUGAGGGAGAAAUACAUGAAAGAGAACGAGAAGUUGGUGAAAGAGCAAAGGAUGAAUUACUUGGAAACUGGAAGUGUCUUUUACAGGGUCAACGAUCAAAAAAAAAUCGACCACUGCUUCAUAAAACUUUUCGGGAACAGAAAACAACUCUUAUGUUAUGAAUUCGACGAAAAACUCAAAAGAAAGAAAGGAGACCCAGAAAUCAUCAGCGUCUCCAACAUCAGUCAUUUGGUUGAAGGUAAAGCAUGCCCUCACAAAGUCAACAAUAUAACCAAAGAUACCCGAUUAAUCUUCAGUUUGAUGAUCGAGCAUAAGACCUACAUUAAUAUUAUAGCCAAAGAUUUGAAAGAGGGUUCUUAUUGGCUAGAUGGAUUUCACAUUUUGAAAGAGAAUGAAGCAAGAAGUGAAAUAUACAAUAAGGAGCUUCAAGAAUUGGUAACGAUGGAUCUAUCUCUACACAUGUUGGAACUACAAAACAUUCCGAUACCGAAAAAACCACCUCCAGUCCCUCCACUACCACAUCUUGCAGAAAAACCAGCUAUACCACUCAAAUCACCUGGGUUAAGGUUGUUGAAAACAAGAAAUUCUAAUGGUAAAAGAUCCACAACAAUUCAAAUAUAAACUGGGAUAAUAAUUAUUAUGGUAAUCAUUGAAAUGUAAAAUGAAUUUAAUCUUAAGUAUGUGAAAAUUUUUAUUGGAUAAUAAAUAUUGUUACUGUAAA